CUGCGCAGCUCUGGGGGGGGCGGGGCGCAGGAACCGGAAGUAGGCGGAAGCGCGGUGUGUGGGCCGGCGGCUGAACAUGGCUGCCAGAGGGCUAGCUUCUCUCUGCCGGGGCUUUGCGGCCGCCCUGAAGACCCCGGGAAUGGUGAAGACCUCGCUGGCUCCCACCGCCAGACCGGGGUUAACUUUCAGUGUGUCAAACAGGAGUAUACCCAACAUCACACCCCACCACCAAUAUAGAUUUAUUCAUACUACUUUGUCAAGGAAAGGACUAGAAGAAUUUUUUGAUGACCCAAAAAACUGGGGAGAAGAAACAGUCAAAUCAGGUGCUGCAUGGACUUGUGAACAAUUAAGGAAUAAGAGUAAUGAAGAUUUACAUAAACUUUGGUAUAUCCUACUGAAAGAAAGAAAUAUGCUUCUCACCUUAGAGCAGGAGGCCAAAAGACAGAGACUGCCAAUGCCGAGUCCAGAACGAUUAGACAAGGUGUCAGAGUCCAUGGAUGCUUUGGAUAAAGUUAUUGAGGAAAGAGAUACUGCUUUGAGACUUCUUCAGACAGGUCAAGAAAAGGCAAGACCAGGUGCUUGGAGAAAAGACAUUUUUGGACGUAUCAUCUGGUACAAGUACAAGCAGUGGCCGAUACCUUGGCACCUAAACAAAAGAUACAACAAGAAGAAGUUUUAUACGAUGCCCUAUGUAGAACAGUUUGUCAGACUGAGGCUUGAGAAGUACUUACGUUCCGAAGCCAAGAAGAAAAAUUUGCAGAGAAAGAAACAGAAACUGCUUCAGAGAAAAUUUCCACACAUGUCUACUUGACAAAUUGAAUUUUAGCCAAGGACAAGAUGGACUGAAAUUUUUCUUGUAUUAUUUCACCUCGGUAAAACUGAAGCUUUCAUUAAGUUGUAAUUUAAGGCUGGCCUGGUAAAUAUUGGUAAACUUAUGGUAAGUGUUUAUUAAAAAAACUAUGUUAAUUUUA